CGUUCACAACCCGACGACGACCAACGCCUUCUUGACCACCGAGGUUCGACACAGUCAAAAUGGUGAACAACAGACUGCAAUACCGCCGCCGGAACCCGUACAACACGCGGUCCAACAAGGUGCGCAUCAUCAAGACCCCCGGUGGCGAGCUCCGGUACCUUCACCUCAAGAAGAAGGGUACUGCUCCCAAGUGCGGUGACUGUGGCAUCAAGCUCCCCGGUGUCCCCGCUCUCCGCCCCCGCGAGUACGCCCAGAUCUCCCGCCCCAAGAAGAACGUCAGCCGUGCCUACGGUGGCUCUCGUUGCGCUGGUUGCGUCAAGGACCGCAUUGUCCGUGCCUUCCUGAUUGAGGAGCAGAAGAUCGUCAAGAAGGUCCUCAAGGAGUCCCAGGAGAAGGCCGCCAAGCGCUAAGCAAAGUCCAUUUUCGUCGGUGUUGGUCUUUUUUGAGGAGCGGACGUUACGGAAAAAAAUGGUUGGGAAUGGUUCUCUUAGAAUCUAAAACGAUGGACAGGAACCGCUAGUUCACGAGUUCAGGUUGGGCCGUGGCUACGCAAAUGAAACCCAAAUUAUUACCUUCAUGAGUUGAUUCCCACAAUGCGUUCGUUCCCAUUCUCUCGCCUUGGGCAUUC